CUACUGCAGAGUGCAGAGCCUCAGUCCAUGUCCUCUCUCACUCCCAUUCUCUUUUCCAUUUUCCUCCUAUUCUCUGUGUGAACGAAUUUCCGAGCCCCAACCAUGCCGUGCCUCUGAUCUCCGGAGGAUUCUACGGCGAAUUCCUCAAGAAGAAGAAGACGAAGAUCAUAUCGACGAAAGCGGUGAUCCUAUUGGCUCGCGCGUGGCGUAUUCUUCGGUCGUUCAUCAACGGCCUGAACGCGAGCGCGCGACAUUCGCGUUUUCGUCUGUUUUUGGGUUCGAAGGAGAUAUGGGAAAUCGGUCCUAGUCUUCUAGAAAGACUUUGGAGCGUAGUGUCUGGUUAGCUGAUGAUGGGUGCAGGGAGGAAGACACAGACAUACCCUUUAAAGGAAAAAUCUGAUACUAACUGGACAAUGAACUGCAGUGGGACUGCCAGGAAUCUAAGAAAGAGUGAUUUAGCUGGAGUUAUUUUUGGAUGCAAGCAUAAUACUAUUGAAGAAUGUUAUUCGAAGCUGUUGUUUGGUUUACCAGCUGCCCACUUCGCAUAUGUUAGGAACAUCGAUCCUGGUUUGCCUUUAUUUUUGUUCAAUUAUAGUGAUAGGAAACUUCAUGGUAUCUUUGAAGCGAUAAGCUGUGGUCAAAUGAACAUAAAUCCAGGUGCAUGGACAGUGGAUGGUUCAGAGUAUACACCAUAUGCUGCACAGGUACGGGUCAAAAUAAAGAUGGCAUGUCAACCCUUGCUUGAAGAUCAAUUCAGGCCCAUAAUAGCUAAAAACUAUUAUGAACAGAGGCUUUUUUGGUUUGAGCUGGACAAGGCUCAGAUCAGCAGGUUGAUUGCAUUGUUUUCAUCUUCACUAGAUCAGAAGAUGAUGAUGCGGAGCAGACCCAUACCUAUUUCUCAUAACCAGGUAGAAGACAAGACAGAGAGACUGGAUUUUGAGGUAGAUGUUUCUUGCAGCUAUCACACAAACAUGGAACGUACUGCCUCUAGGCAUUCUUCUGGAUUGGGCAGAGAAUACCGUUCACUGCAGCCUUCAGUCAACGGUGAAGCAGUGAAAACACGUGAGCAAGAAGUUGGAUCCCAACACCCAAAUUUUGCACGUUCGUACUCUUCCGUUGUGAGAGAUACAGGCAGUGACCUUCCGCAAAAGAAAUGGAGUGCUCUAUUCAAACUACCUACUUCUGAUAUGAAGCAAGAUGAGGACUCUAAUAGACCAGUUUUGGAGGUGAAUUUUCCUUAUUCAAGUCUGCCCAAUGUGGAAUGGGAUUCACUGUGUAGUGCUGCGCCCUCUUUAGAUGGAGAAAACCAUCCCUCAGAAACUCCUGCAGAAGAAAAGGGUAUGGAAAAAUAUGGUGAAAUUGGAAGCUGGGAAUUAAACUGUGAUGAUGCCUCUACACAUGUUGUGACAGAAUUGACCACUUCUUUUCCAGCGAGCAGUUCACCUGUCUCAUUUCCCUCGACUGAUACAUCUCAGGAUGUUGAAGAAUUUAAGACUGUCGUUUCAGGGGUUAACCUUCCUCAUUCAGAUGAAUUCGAUAUGGCAUUGAGCUCCUCAUUUGUAGCACCAUUUUUAGAGGGAAGAAGGCAGCCUUCACAAACUUCUAUGGAUGACAGCACAACUGACAUAUCUAAGGAGGAGCUUCUGCCCCUUACUUCUGGGUGCUUUAACUCUUCUACCAUCUUAAAAGAUACAAAUUUAGAUAAUCAUGUGGAAGACCAUGCUCCUUUUUUAACUGAAUUGCAUCGAGAGGACAUAUGUUCAGAAACAGUAGUUCCUGAAGUGAUGAAGCCUUCUGAUCUUCAUUUGCAGCUAACUAAGUUGGUAAAAAUAACAGAAGAGUUGAAAGCUUCUCAGCUGGCACAAACCCAAAAAAUCAGUUCUCUGGAGCAGGAGCUGGUAGAAUUGAGAAGAGAGAUUCAACAGUUAAAAGACCAGCGACUUAAGAAGUUUUCUUCAUCUGUGCAUGUUGAGGGAAGAGAGUGUGAGUUAGUUGUUGAAGCUAGUGCAAACCUUCAUGAAUCCAUACUCAUUGUGGGAGGAUUUGAUGGUUUUUCAUGGUUGUCGGAUUUAAAUUCCUAUUCUCCUUCACUGGAUUUGAUGAAAUCUCUAAGGCCUAUGAACUUUGUUCGUACAUAUGCCUCAGCAGCAAAGUUGAAUGGUGAACUCUAUAUUUUUGGUGGUGUAGAUGGUGAUUUAUGGUAUGAUACAGUUGAAUCAUACAAUCCAAUGAGUAAUCAGUGGUCUAGUUGUCCUCCGUUGAAUCAAAAGAAGGCAAGCUUGGCUGGAAUUUCUUUAAACAGCAAGAUCUUCGCAAUUGGUGGUGGAAAUGGAGUUGAAUGUUUUUCGGAUGUGGAAAUGCUUGAUCCAAAUGUAGGAAGUUGGAUCUUCGCUCCGUCAAUGUUUCACAAGCGAUUUGCUCCAGCUGCAGCAGAAAUUAAUGGCAUUCUCUAUGUUGUUGGAGGUUAUGAUGGGAAGGAUUACUUGAAAUCAGUUGAAAGAUUUGAUCCUCGAGAACAUUCAUGGACUAGGAUAGCAAGUAUGAGCACGAGGAGAGGGUGUCACUCUUUGGCUGUUCUGAACAAUAAGUUAUACGCUCUGGGCGGUUUCAAUGGAGCUAGAAUGGUCCCAACAGUUGAAGCUUUAGAUCCUCGCUUCGGUGCAUGGAUGACACAGGAAUCAAUGAAUGAUUCUAGGGGAUACUCUGGUGCCGUCACAAUUGGAGAUUCGAUUUAUGUAAUUGGAGGGAUGGAGGUCAAUGACGAAAUUUUGGACACGGUGGAAUCUUACAAGGAGAAUCAGGGUUGGCAGGUAACCAACCUGAAAGCUGUAGGGAAGAGAUGUUUUUUCUCUGCUAUUGUUUUGUGAGAAAGGGAAUGAGGGAACCCACUGCGUCAUUAUCUUAAUGUUGUGUCUAUGCCUCUGUGUUCUUGGCGCUGCCCUUUGAUCAUAGCUUGUAAAUGCUGGUAAUAGAUAUACUUUUUGAACACACCAAAUGUGAGACACUGCCCUGUGAGUAUGCCAUAUUUGAAUAGUUUGUGGUUGUUCUUUGUUAUUGUAAACUCUUAACAAUGUCGUUUUUGAAAAGUUGAUGGCAUGAAUUGAAGUACAUUUUGUGAAGUCUGAACUUAUUUUCUUUAUAAACUGUCUUAUGAUUUGUUUGUAUUUGGUACAAAAGAAUGGAAUAUAAUAGAAUGAAAUUAAUUUUUAUAA